AUGAUGUUACGCCGCUCCUCCACCAGUCGUGUGCGUCGCUUUUUCAGUGCGAUCGCUACGGACCUCCCACUGUCUCCAGCCGGCCUUCGUCCUCGAGGACAAGAAGCGGAUCGCAUUCCAGAGGACGUCGUGCUUGCACUAAACAAGUUCAUUGUAGGACAGCAGGAUGCCAAGAAGGCGGUCGCAGUCGCUCUGCGCUCGCGCUGGCGUCGUCAACAGCUCCAGAACGACGCGCUGCAGAUGGAGAUUUCGCCCAUGAACAUCCUCAUGAGCGGUCCUACUGGAUCCGGCAAGACGGAGAUCGUGCGACGGCUGGCCAAGAUCUCGGGCUCGCCGUUUCUCAAAGUGGAGGCCACGAAGUUCACCGAAGUGGGUAUCUACGGUGCCAAUGCUGACUCGAUGAUCAAGGACCUUGUGGACGUGGCUGUUAAUAUGGAGAGAGCUGAAGCGCAGAAAGUUCACGCUGCUGCGGCUCGAGAAUGCGCGAUCGAUCGGCUCGUGGACCUAUUAGACCGCGACAAGCUCCGUGACCGCUCACGCGCAGAUCUCCGCGAGGAGAUUGUCACUGGUCAAGCUGAUACGCGCACAGUUCGCUUGGAACUCAAGCCGCUGGCAAGUAAAGCGCGUCCAGCAGUAGCAAACCAGGAGAUGAUGAUGGAAUUUCCGCCCGAGUUGAACAACAUGAUGAAACAUCUUGACACGCUCAUGGCAUCGCGUUUUAGUGGCGGUACAAGCAAGAGCCAAGACAAGACGCAGAGCAUGACGGUGAAAGAAGCGCUGCCUCGUCUUGAAGCGGAGGAGAUGGACGCAAUUAUUGACGACGAUGAAGUAAUCAAGAGGGCGUUGGAGAAUGCACAGCACAAUGGGAUUGUAUGUCUCGAUGAGAUCGAUAAACUUGCUAGUGCUGGCGACCAGACGCGGGCAGGAGGAGAUGGUGGAAGCUACCGCAAAGGUGAAGGUGUUCAAAAGGAGCUGCUGGCCUUGACAGAAGGGUGUGCCGUCAACACUCGCUAUGGACUUGUGUACACGGACCACAUUCUUUUCAUUGCAAGUGGCGCGUUCCAUCGCGCAAAGCCGUCGGAUCUGAUGCCUGAGCUGCAGGGUCGCUUGCCGAUUCGCGUAACGCUUUCGCCUUUGGGUGCUGCCGAGUUUGAGCAGAUCCUGCGUGACACGGAGUAUAACUUGCUGGAGCAGACAAGUGCAUUGAUGGAGACAGAGGGCGUGAAGCUUACAUUCACUGACGACGCCAUUAGCGAGAUCGCGUCGAUCGCAGAGCAAGUGAACGCACAGGGCGACAACAUUGGUGCGCGUCGCUUGGCGACUAUCGUCAGCAAGAUCACGGAAGAAGUGUCUUUCCACGCUCCAAAGAUGAACGGUGUUGCGUUCACGGUCGACAAGAAAUACGUGCAGCAACGUCUUGCCAACGUGCUCGAGCGCACAGAUCUUUCAAGGUUUAUUCUGUAG